AAACCCAAGCUAAUCUUUAUCUCUUCCUCCCACGCCAUAGACUGUCUCCACUCUCCUCUCCUCUCCACCUCCGUCUUCUUCGCAACAGCCAAAACCGAUGCCUUCCUCUUCUUCACUCUCCCAGCUACCUCCCGCCGCCGCCGAUGGUGAUGAACACUACCUCCCGACCCUCCUAGAGACCGCCCGCCCCUUCCUCCGCGGCGAGCUCGAAAAAGUGGACCCCGCUCUGCCCUCGCUUGUCGCGGUCCUCCGCUCUGUCGGGGCGGGCGAGUGCUGGCACAAGCACGGCAACUUCCUCGACCACCUCGUCGACAUCUACCGCAUCCUCCGCAUCUGGGGGGCCCCCGAUGCCGUCUGCCUCUGUGGCCUCUUCCACUCUGCCUACUCCAAUUCGUACGUCAAUCUCGCUAUCUUCGACCCGAACACGGGCCGCGACGUGGUCAGGGGCCACGUCGGCGCGGCUGCCGAGCGGCUCAUCCACCUAUUCUGCGUCGUCCCGCGCCAGCCGCUCAUCCAUGACGACCUCCUCUUCCACUAUGAGGAUGAAUCUGAGCUCCUCGGCCACCUCGCGGCCUCCGAGGACUCCCUGAAGGCCGCGAGGGAGAAGGGGAUCUUCCACCCCGAGGAGCCGUGGAGGAAGAAGAUCAACUCCCUCUUGCCUCCGCAGGGGGUCACGGUGAAGCACAUAAAGACCGGGGAGGACGUGGCGGUCUCCCGGAGGGUCGUGGCGGUGUUCUUGGUGAUGACUAUGGCCGAUUUCAGCGACCAGCUAUUCGGGUUCCAGGAUGAGCUGUUCGAGAAUUCAAACGGGCGGCUGGAGUUCUCGGGGAACAACUUUGCCGAGACGCUGUGGCCUGGGGACGGAAAGCCCGGGCUGUGGAUGAACUCGAUAUCGAGGAUGGGGGCGGUCUAUAUGCUGAUCGCCAGGGAGGAAGAGAUAUUCAUGGAGCAGAAGAAGAGGGGGAAUUCGGACAUCAAUCGGGAGGACGAGGAUAUCGAGCUGGUGAUCCCCCCGGUCUUCCAGUGGUGCACUCGUGUGCUGGGCCCGCAGGAGCACAUUGAAGCGCGGGAUUUGUACUGGGAGGCAGUUUGUGGGACUUACAGCAGCAAGAAGGGGGCGAAUUCGGAUCGAUUGGGCAUAGCAGAGGAGUUGCUGUUGAGGAGUAUCGAGAAGAACUCGUUUGUCGGGGAGCCACAUGUGGUGCUGGCACAGGUGUACUUGGGCCGAGGGAGGUUCGAGGAGGCCGAGAGGGAGGCUGAGAGGGGGCUGAGGAUGAUGUUGGAGUGGGGCAGCCCCUGGGAUAAGAGGACGUCAUGGGAAGGCUGGGUUGCUUGGGCAAGGGUCCUCCUGAUGAAGGCCAAGGAGAGGUCAUGGCCCCAGACCUCUUGGGGCAUCCUCAACUUGGGCCUCGUGAGGUAAUCAAUGAUGAUUCGAGAGUACCCGCCGUGCUGAACAUCAGUGCGUAUUUUAUGAAUCUUAUCUGAAUAACAGUUUCUAUGGUCUCGUUAAUGAGAUCGAUCAACAGCUUGAGAUCCAAGCAAGACUUUAUAGACGUUUAGGUGCGUACCGUUCGAGGGUAUGUCCAUGUUUUACAACUUGGAGCACUUCCAGUAGAGGGGGGAACGACUAGAAUGUUCUUAGUAUGGUCAUCGAUCGAAAUCAGUUGCACUACGAUCAGUCACAGAACUGCAACGAGAACUGUCGAUUGCAGUCUGGUGUGCAUGCCACGCCGUUGUUGAUGUUAAUAAAAAUAAUACUUUCGAGUUCCUAUCAAA